AUGUUACUUAGACCUAACACAGGGAACAUCAGCUUCAAAUACCACAGAUGCAUUCAUAUAACUACAAAUUGUUACAAUAAGCUGGCGACAGAUUCAUUAUAUAACCGAGUAAGUAAAAAUCUCCCUCUCGCGGUAAAUGAGCACAUUGGGAAACCCGAUUCACCUAAUGUGAAGCAGCGGCAUCACCAGGAGAGAGAAACAGUUUCUCUUGAUAGAAGACCACUCAUCAAUAGACUACUACAUAUUAGAAAUGGCCGCAAGAAGUUGCAAUUUAGGAAUGGAAAAGUAUCAUCAUCAUCAUCAUCAUCAUCAUCAUCAUCAUCCUCUUCUUCUUCUUCUUCUUCUGCUUUCAGUCACUUCACCUCGGAAAAUACACCCGAGACCCCAAUACGCCAGUGUAUUGCACCAGAUCAGGAUACAAUACCUCAACUAGCACAUAAUUUGGAUCGCGUGUUGUUCUCCCCGGGUGUUCAUUUUCUCCAAGAUCCAAGAACACGCGUAUACAACUUUUCACCCUUUUUGAAGGAUAUCAUACAUUACAAAGACUUUAAUUUUGACGCAAUAGAAAAGUUCAUCCCUGCAUCGAAACACAAGGAGUUAUUGAAGAAUGCAGAGAAGUUCAAGAUGCAGUUUUACUCAAGUACAUCUUCCAUGACUUCAAUGUUGAGCAAGUUUUAUUUGCUAUUGAACAACUAUAAUUCUAAUAGAGUAGACAGGUUUGGGAAAAUCCCCUUUCGUGGAUUGAGCUUUCGUUUACCAACGAGCAUGUUUGUGGAACCUCAAAAGAUUCUUGAUAAGAACAAGGGUGCAAUAUAUUCAAUACUGAGUGAUAAGUCAUAUGACACGGAAAUCUUACUAAGUGCCAUGGGUUUGUGCAUGGAAACAUUAUUGACAAACCCCAAGGAAGAGUUUGCCAAAUACAGAAAGGAUAGCGAAGAGAAAAUAACAACACCACCACCAAACUCGUAUAAUUAUUCAUCAUUCAAGAGCUUUUUGAUGCGAUCUCAAUUGGAUUGUUACGAUGAAAGACUUCCAGGAAAUGGUACGUUUGACUUAAAAACAAGAGCCUCAACAAACGUUCGAUAUAACUCUCGUGAUCCUAAUGUUGGAGAAGCCGACUAUCAAAUUUUCAAGCUAAGCGGUCCAUACGAGAGUUAUGAGAAGGAGUUUAUAGAUAUGGUUCACACAGGAGCCUUGCUCAAGUAUAUGUUUCAAGCAAGAAUUGGGCAGAUGGACGGCAUUUUUGUGGCAUACCAUAACAUUAACUCCAUGUUUGGUUUUCAAUACUUACCGCUUGAGGACUUGGAUGCAAUUUUUUAUUCCCACCAAGCUAAUGAAAGAUAUAUACUUCCUGAUUCCAAUGAAGAGGAACUUGAAGAAUACCGUUCGCGAGACUUUCUCCCUUCAUUUAUAGCCGAGACCCAAUUCAAGUUUUCUAUUGAAAUUUGGGAAGUUUUGCUACAACAGUACGUUUUAGAGGAUAUGAAAAGGGCAGGUCUUGAGAACACACCUUUUAGACUCGUUGCGCGAACAUUUAAAAAGCCUGACCGUAUUGGUCUUCUGCUAGAAGUCUUGGUGAUACCAACAUCUCCCAAGGAAAUUAAGCAUUUUCAACUGUUUUUUGCCAGAUUUCCAACGGGGUUUAAGAAGGAUUUAACCCACGAGCAGAGAAACAGUAAUGUUGAAAAUCACGCAAAAGAGUUGAUGAAGUACAAUACUGAAACCAUCAAGAAUAAAAUAUUGUUUUCUUAUGCUAUCACAAUGCAGAAAAGUGUGAUUGAUGGAGAAGAUAAGCCUUUCAAUAUGUUUCCAAAGAAGAUAACAAAUUCUUGGAAAUUAAAGUACAUGAUUAAGAGAAUGAAGCGCCCAACUGUUGAGUACCUUGAGAAGAUAUUGAAUGAGCAACUUGAAAGCUUAACUCUGUCUCUGGUUGCCGCAAAAGGGAUAUCGAAAGCAAUAUUGAAUAUUCAAAAGAGGAAUAAAGCAUACGAAAAAUUAGGAACACUUCGAAAAAAGCACUGGGCUUUAAAGGAAAAGAAACAACUAGUCUAUAGACCAAAGUAUCCUUUUUGA